AUGUCACUGCAGGGAAAGGUCUACGCCAUCACGGGCGGUGCAAGCGGCAUCGGCCUCGCAACAGCCAAAAUACUCUCUCGGCGAGAUGCCAUUGUUUGUGUCGCAGAUAUUGACACCGCCGCAAUGGAAUCCACCGCCUCAUACUUUACGGAACAGAAAGUCCCUUUCACAGUCACCCGAGUUGACGUCUCUCAGCGAGAUCAGGUUGAGGGAUGGUUGGAUAGCAUAGUGGACAAAUAUGGGCGACUCGAUGGUGCCGCGAAUGUGGCCGGCGUCAUCGGCAAACACCAUGGGAUCCGGCCAGUCGCAGAGCUCGAAGACGACGAGUGGCACAAGAUCAUCGCGGUGAACCUGACAGGGACCAUGUAUUGCUUACGGGCAGAGCUGCGCCGAGUUGUCGAUGGUGGAUCUAUCGUCAACGUUGCUUCCAUCCACGGAUUCGCCAAGCAUGGCGCAUAUGACGCCAGCAAACACGGCGUAGUCGGUUUGACCAAAGCGGCGGCCAAGGAAAACGGCAAACGAGAGGUUCGGGUUAAUGCAGUUGCCCCCGGGGCAAUACUCACUCCCUUAAUGCAAAAGGCGUGGGACAUUCAUAGCCGGCCCGAGGACGCCCCGUUUGAUGAGCCGAGUGCUUUCCAACGUCAGGGCACCCCGGAAGAAUGCGCGAAUGUGAUUGCCUUCCUGCUUGGUCCGGAGAGCUCCUUUGUGAGCGGUAGCGUGUAUGAGGCGGACGGAGCUUGGCUCUGA